AUGGUAAUGUACAAAAAUUUAAUUCCUUCUCCAAUUAAAUAUUCAAUCAUCAAAACAUCGACAGAAUGUGGCCCACCAGAAAAAUGGGCACCAUCACAAGAUAUAAUGGAUUAUUUAUUUGUGCGUUGGCGUCUUUUAACAUUAACACCAAAAGAUUUUGCAAUAAUUGAACCGAUAAAUCCUCAAUUUUACAUACAACUCUUCCAGAAACUUCCUUUACAAUGGGCACAAUUGCUUGCAAAGUUCUUUUUAGAUGAGAAAAAUGGAAAUAUUCCAGAAAAAAACAAACAAGAUCUUGCGUUCGGUUUAGCAAUUAUGCACAACCAAUUCUUUGGUUUAUACAAAGCAUUAAAUCCAUACGUUGAAUCCAUUUUAAUUAAAAUUGGCUCAAAAACUUUAUUUGAAAAUCUUGGACUUGAAGCACUUUCUCUUUCUAAACGAAUCGAUCCAGAGAUGCUACAAUACUUCAGAGCGGAUCUGAUUUCCCCUGAAGAUUUCAAAAAACUUUGGUUGAUGCCAACAAUUUUAAAGGACGACAAGGCUUCUCUUCUUUUCCAGAGCUUGUUCCAAUGUGCUGAACCAUUUCCAAGACCAUCCGCCCUAUUUUCUUCAGAUAAUUUGCUUACUUUAUGUAAUCAUGUGAUUGUCAAGAAAAGAAAGCAGUUUAUUGAUGAAAUGGUCGAUCCUUGUUACAAUAUAUUAAUCCAGGAAGAUGACUACAGUCUUUGCGAUGCUUAUAUCAGUAGUUUUCCUGAAUUAAAGCCAAUGAUGGGUCUAAUGUUCUACGAAUCACUCUGCGCGAACCAGACAACUUUGGUUGACGUUAAUGAAGAGUGUUCGAAGUCCCAAUGUGGAAUUCAAAUUUUUGAUAAUAUUAUUCAGAGAUUUCAUAAUGAUUUCGGUCUGAUUGUCAUUCUAAGACAAAUAACAGGUAUAACAGUAUCCAGAAGUAACUUUGCCGAGAUGUCUUUGCCAUUUUUCCUUCGAAGUUUCUUGACAUCAAGUAAUAUGGAGGAUAUAAUGCCGUACAGGCAAUUAGAGUACUACAUUAUAUCUGAUAAUGAUAGAUUAUCUGAUUUCUCCUUCAUUUUUGCCCAGAAAUGCAUUUCUUUGGCGAUUGAAGAAAUAAUUUCGAAAGAAGCCAAUUGCCAGUUCAUGCAAUACCUUUCUUUGGUCAUGACUGAAGAAGUUUUGCAGAGUUUACUCGUUGAUUUGUUCUCUUUGAUCUUUUUACAAGUGAAUGGAGAAUAUAUCUGUCCUCCAAUGGUCGCAAAGACAAUUGUUGAUGCAGUACUAAGCUUAAAAGAUGAUGAACAAUUUAAGAUCGCUCACAGAAAGCUCGAUACCGCUAUAAGUUUAGGAAUGGAAAAAAUUGACAUUUGUUUCCACGAAAACAGAUAUCUUUUGCAAUUAUUAUUUGAUGAGAAGAAAUAUGAUGACGCUGUGAAGAUAUUUAAAUACGAUCCGGAGCUAAAUCAAAUUGCUUAUCUCGCAGAUUGCGCUGAUCGCAUGAGACGCCAUCUUCCUGCCGAUUUUCGUAAUAUUAAUGAUAAGAACUUGCUCUCCGCUGAGUUUUUCUUCACGCAUUCAGAGGGACAACCUGAUUUGGAAGGAUUGGACCCAUUUGUCAAGGCAUUGGUCGAACGUCGCCUUAAUACUGCUAAUCCUCUUGAAUGCAUUGACGCAGAUAGUAUCCCAGCUUUGUUAACUGUUGUAGAAGAAGGACAAGCAGCAAAUUUGGCCAGAUAUCCUUUGUUAAACGACUUCAUUGAGUUCCAGAAAAUUGCUGCUAAUGUCAAUAUAACAGGCCAUUCCAUCAUUGAAGUCAUAAACAAAGUUGUUGAAGCAGAUGAUAUCUCGAAGUUUUCAGAUUUCGAACGUAUAGCCGGCCAAAUGUCCUUGGAAUUAAUUGUGAGACAGGGAGAUGAUUUGGGCCCGAAUUUCAAGGAAAUGAUCAAAAAUAAAUAUCCUUUAGUUUAUUUGUUGCUCAGUGGAUCACUUAAAAUAGAGCAAGGAACAGAAGUUAAGAAUACGAAAGUCCUCGAAAACUACGUAAAAAUACCAAAUUAUUCUGAUUGGACAGAAAUCACAGAAAGUCAGAUGCAUGAACGCGUAAUCCAGGCCUUUUAUAAAGAGGAUUACGAUGAGCUUAAUGAUUUGUAUUACCAAGACUCAGAUCUUUACAUGGAAGAAAUGAUUUUACUUAUUAAGAAAUGGACACUUAACAAGAUCGAAAAAGUUCUUCCAUUCUCAACAUAUAAGACAAUGUCCCUUGUUGAAGACAAAUCUCUUACGAUUCCAGAAACAUUUAUCAAAUUACUCAGAAAUAAUCGUUAUUAUGCGGCCAAAGAACUCUCUAAUGAAUUCUUUAUCCAUGAUAUCCAAGAUCUCAUCAAUGAACAUGUUUCUGGAUACGAUCAAAACGAAAUUGAAGUUAUCAAGCAAUAUUUCCCAGAUUGCAUCAUAAAUAUGCCACCCAAGAAACCAGAAGAUGAUGAAACACUCAUGGAAUUCAUCAAAAUUGUUGCAAAACAAGACAUCAAAGAUUAUAAUAACAUUAUUCGCGUAAUUUGGGAGUUUUCUAGGCGGAAAGAGGUUUUCUCGGUUGAAUUUGUUGAUGCUGUCCUUGAAAAUGCCACUUCUGUCAUUUCUAUGAUGCUUGUCAAAGAUAUUGAAUCAGAAUUAAAGAUGAUCAAAGAUUUUUCAAGGUUAUACAACAGUAUUAUGCAAAUAUAUAACCAUAUUGAGACGACUCACGAGAUUUCUCGCUUCGAAUCAACAUUUAUGAAGUUAUCUAUCCUAAAUCGCCUUCUUCAUCGCCAUAUCAACCACAGAUUUGGCUUUAAAUAUAACUUCUCUAAUUUCAUGAGCCAGGAAUUCGGAAGGUUCAUAUUUACAAUUUGUAUUAUUUAUGAUUACCCGAAUUUGGCUUUUGACAUCGUCAAUUCGUAUCAAAUAAAUUCGAAUUUGACUUAUAACAGAGCUUUCGCCUGUUUCCACCUCGGAAACUAUCAGGACGGACUUGAUGAAUUAAAGAGGUCGAUUAUCUCAACGAACGUUCACUCCCAUAAUGUCCAAGAGCUACUUUACGAUCUGAAGAGGUCAACAAUCUUCAGAUUGCCAAUUAAUAUCGACGAAUGUUUGAAAUUUAAACAUUUUAUUUCAAUUCGCGGAACAAUUGUCCAAGCUUAUGCUUCUCAGGUCGGAUUAAUUGCAAGUAGCCCUCAGAUAUCAUCAUUGGACCAAUCUUUGGAGAUAACUGGCUUGAAAUCAGAUAGAGUUGCAUUUCAUGCAUCGACAGGGUCAUUCGAUGAUGCAUUUAAUGCUUUCUUUGAUGAAGGAUUCGGUUCCAAUCACUUUAUCUCUUUAAUUUUCACUCAAGCCCUUGCAAAUAAUAAUUGGAACAUGUUAUGGCGAUACAUCAUGAAAUUAAAGGGUGAAAGGCCAGAACUAAUGACAUAUGUUAAUGAUGCUUUAACAUUUGCUAAGAAUUACCACUUAAACUACACAAUUUUCGACAUAACUUUCAGAUUAGGAAUGCAUGAUGAUUGUUUGACCUCAGGAAUAGCGAAAUUCGCUCAAUCCAAGUCAUGGAAGGAGAUGCAGAGGUGUUUGGAAGAUCUAAAGAAGGAAACUCAAAAAGCAAUCGUAGAUGAAGGUUCAAAGAUGUUCAAACCAGAGAAAUUGUAUGAGUUACUUCAUAGAAUAGAGAUUCAGAACCAAAUUAUCACUGUUUUCGAAGAUUCCAACAAACAAUUUUCAAAUGAACUAGAAUUGAUCACUUCUAGAGAACACGCGUUGACACUUGCCGCAAAUUUACUUUUGGACUAUCAUUUGGGCUUCGUAAAUGAGAUUUGCGCGUUUGAUGACGUAAAUAUCUCCGAUGUUUGUAUUUCAUUAGUAAAUAUUUUGCCACUAAGUGGUCGCAUGGAAGAAUUUAUUAAAGGAAUGCGAACAAUGAACGAAUUCGACGCAAAAAUGAUUAUGCCUGACUUAAUUGCAGCUUUUCACAGAAGAAGUGUCACUCUUUCCUCAUUUAUGCAGUUUGUAAACGCAAAUGUUCCUUCCCAUGACAUAAAAGCUUUGGCUUUCGCAAAAUGCGGAAUGAGAGAAGAAGCAAUGAACGAAGUAAGACAAUCUAAGGGUCAGAACACUCUAAUAGAAGUCAACAAAAUAUUCGAACAAUACUAUUAA